CCACGCCCACGGCUCUUGCGCACGCGCAGCUGGAGAUGCGACUCUGGGCCGUCCUCAGCGCCGAGCUUUGACAGAGACUCCCUAAGGGGUGGUGGGGCGGACUCUUGGUGUCGCGCGCAUGCUUGGCAGGGCCGGGCGGCUCUUCUCCUGAAGCUGAGGCUCGGACGCCUCAGCUGGGCCUAAGAUGGACCUCCCGGCCGUGCUCGCCGCCCCGGUCGCGCGCGGAGACCAACAUGGCGGUGGCCCAAGCCGACUUCGCCGCGGCGCGGGGCCAUCCCUCGGUGCGGACCCCGGGCGCCGCCGCCUGCUGCUGCUCCGGGGCCCGGAAGAUGGCGGGCCCGGGCCGCGUCAGGAGGAGGCCCCGGGGCCGAGCCCGCCGCCUUCCGAGGACGGCGGCGGCGACUCUUUCGUGGUACUGCUGGAAGUGCCGCGCGCAGCCGACGCCCACGGACAGGAGGAGGCCGAACCCGGCCCCUGCGCUAGCCCCCCGGAGCAGGUCCCGGCCGCCGCCCCCGGCGCGGCUCUGGCGGGCACCGUCACCAUCCACAACCAGGACCUCCUGGUGCGCUUCGAUCGCGGCGUCUUCACGCUGGCCGCUGCGCCCGCGCCAGCUGCCCCGAGCCUGCAUCCCGCGACUACCCCAGGCCCGGAGCCCUCGAGCGCCUGCGUGUCCCGCCGCGGGCCGGCGGCCGCCAGCGCUGCCUCUCCAGCCUACCGCUGUCCGGAGCCGCAGUGCGCGCUGAGCUUCGCCAAGAAGCACCAGUUGAAGGUGCACCUGCUGACGCACGGCAGCCUCCAGGGCCGCCGGCCCUUCAAGUGCCCGCUGGAUGGCUGCGGCUGGGCCUUCACCACCUCCUACAAGCUCAAACGACACCUGCAGUCGCACGACAAGCUGCGGCCCUUUGGCUGCCCGGUGGGCGGCUGCGGCAAGAAGUUCACCACGGUGUACAACCUCAAGGCGCACAUGAAGGGCCACGAGCAGGAGAGCCUGUUCAAGUGCGAGGUGUGCGCCGAGCGCUUCCCGACACACGCCAAGCUCAACUCGCACCAGCGCAGCCACUUCGAGCCCGAGCGCCCCUACAAGUGUGAUUUCCCCGGCUGUGAGAAGACAUUCAUCACAGUGAGUGCCCUGUUUUCCCAUAACCGAGCCCACUUCAGGGAACAAGAGCUCUUUUCCUGUUCCUUUCCUGGAUGCAAUAAACAAUAUGACAAAGCCUGCCGACUGAAAAUUCACCUGCGGAGUCAUACAGGUGAAAGACCAUUUAUUUGUGACUCAGACAGUUGUGGCUGGACCUUCACUAGUAUGUCCAAACUUCUAAGGCACAAAAGGAAACAUGACGAUGACCGGAGGUUCACCUGCCCUGUGGAAGGCUGUGGCAAGUCAUUCACUAGAGCAGAGCAUCUGAAGGGCCACAGUAUCACCCACCUGGGAACAAAGCCAUUCGAGUGCCCUGUGGAAGGGUGCUGUGCCAGGUUCUCAGCUCGAAGCAGUCUAUACAUUCAUUCUAAGAAACACCUGCAGGAUGUGGGUGCUCCGAAAAGCCGUUGCCCAGUGUCCAGCUGCAACCGACUCUUCACCUCUAAGCACAGCAUGAAGGCUCACAUGGUGCGGCAGCACAGCCGGCGCCAAGAUCUUGUACCUCAGCUGGAAGCUCCAAGUUCUCUCACACCCAGCAGUGAACUGAGUAGCCCGGGCCAAAGCGAGCUCACCAACAUAGACCUAGCAGCCCUUUUCUCUGACACACCUGCUAACAGUGGCAGUCCCACAGCUGGGUCGGAUGAAGCCCUGAACUCCGGGAUCCUCACCAUUGAUGUCUCUUCUGUGAGCUCCUCUCUGGGAGGGAAUCUCCCUUCUAAUAACAGCUCCUUAGGGCCCAUGGACCCCCUGGUUCUGGUGACCCACAGUGAUAUGCCUCCGAGUUUGGACAGUCCUCUUGUUCUUGGGACAUCAGCCACAGUUCUUCAACCAGGCAGUUUCAGUACAGAUGAUUCUCAGGCCAUGGGCACAGGAGCAGUAGGCUGUCUGGUGGCUUUGCCUGUGAGGAACUUGGGUCAAGACCCACCAGCUUUGACUCCCAGCAAUAACUUAACAGCACCUGACACCGCACCAACCUCUUCAGACACUGCCCAAGAAACUGCCAGAGUCCCAGAUCUGCUGGUUCCAAUAAAAGUGGAACAAGACUUACCUCCUGUCCCAGAUGUGGUCCAGGGGCAGGAAGAAAGCCACAAGCCAUCCCAGUCUAUGCUGUCCAGCUCUACAGAGAGGCCAGGGGCUCAAAAGGACUCAGAGCUCAGUGCUGGCACCGGCAGCCUCUACUUGGAAAGUGGGGGCUCAGCAAGAACUGAUUACCGAGCCAUUCAACUAGUCAAGAAAAAAAAGCAGAAAGGAGCUGGGAGCGAUGAAGGAACCUCUGAGUCUGCUCAUGGGAAAACGAAAGGUGGCACGGUCAACCCUCCUCAUCUCCACUCAGGCCAGCACAGCUGUUUUUGUGGAAACCUCAUGGUACCCAGUGGAGGUCUGCCAGUGCCAGCCCCUGUGGCUGGGCUGCAGUGUGUCCAGAUCCCUAUUCUGCAGCCUGUCUCACUGCAUCUGUGCAAGCCCUUGCCUUUGUUAGGACUGACGUAUCAGGAUGACCCCUCAGGUGAAGGAGGCUUGCCACUAGCCCUCAGCCCACAGCGUUCUGCCUUCCACCCCUGCUUCACCAUGGAUCUGCCUGUCUACGUCCUCCAGGUGAGGUACUUCCAGCAUCUGGAGGUUCUGCUGGGCUGGAGACUAUGCAGGCACCAGGAAGUACCAUCAACCUGCAGGACCUUCAGUGACAUCAGCCUGGGCAAACAAGGACCGUGUUCCAGGCUGCACUUAAGACCUCAGAUGACAAUGGUGUGGGCAGAGAGACCUCACUUGACUUCUGCUCAGAAGUCCAGCCUGAUUCUUUGAGACUUUGGGGUACAUGUAGUGAAAGUGCUUUCAUUCUGUUCUACCAAGAGCCAAUCUGGGCUCUUAAAACUGCCUCCACAGUGAGAUAGGCACCAUGUCCAUGCAAUGCUUGUGCAUUCCAGCCCUUUCCAGGUCCCCUCGGGCCUGAGCAGGGUAGCACUUGUUGCAUUAGAAGAUUCCUGCAGGAAGUGAGUGGAGCAUGGCUCCCUGCUCAGGUACAUCUCUGUACUAAGUCUGGACAGGGCUUUCAAUUGUAGUGUGUUAGCAUUCUGCCUGAGACAUCUAGAAAUUUGGUUCUUUUCUGAGAGCUUGUAUGACAGACUGCUUCACAUCUACUGGGCUGGUGUUAGUGGGUGUGUUGGUUUCACUACACUGUAUGCCAUGGUGAAGCCAAAUUCGGGCUGAGCUUUAGCAGUUUACAUAGGCAGCUAGUCUGAAAGGUGAUUGGGAUGGCCUGGUGCCCACCAAUGGCCUGCUAGUGGGCCCUCUUCCUAGACUGACAGUGUGGCUCAUAGUUUGGGAACGAAGAGUUCAGACUUUUAAUUUUUCUAAAUUCUGUAUUUGGGAUUCUUGGUAAAUAGUAACUUGUCUUCAGUCUCUAAAGUGAGGUUCUGAAUGCUGUAUGUUAUGUAUAGGGCUGGAACAUAGGUGUGUUUUAUGGUUGAGAUUGAAGAUAAGCAUAUUAUGUGGCCUUGGCCUUGUGUGUUUUCAGAGUGAUUCUGUCUUCCCAGAGGAGAUGGUUGCCUUGCACAUAUUUAUUUGUUAGUUAAGACUGGACACAGGGUCACUCAGAAAUGCAUUUUUCUUGGGCCUUUUAGAGUGUGUGUUUAUUCAGAUACUGGUUUGGUUCUGCCCCAUCUGAGUUGCUUUGUUUCUUGGAUUGGGGAGGGCCCUGAGUUUGAGCAUGCGUCCUCUCUAGAUGGCUCUGUGGUGCCAUCUGCCUAGGUGCUGCUCCCUACAAGAGGAUUAUAAAUCCUACUUGAGAAGGUCUCCUACUUUCCACAGGUCUCUCCUGCAUCCCAGGCCAAAGUUUAGGGGUCAAACAUGCCCACCUGUCAUCAGGGCCCACCCCACUCCAUGGGUAGCCUGGUACCACUGUCACCUGCCUCAAGAGCCCACCUCACAGAGAAGCUUCCUUCUCCCACAGUCUCCAGUGUGUGUCUACCAAGUGAUGGGAUGGGCUGUCAUGUUCUGAGCACUGGAGCUUCCUGCUGCCAUGGGCCCAACUCUUAGUACAAAUGAAUAAAAGUGUUUGUAUGUCAUGUA